AUGGCAGCCAGGCAGAUGCUCCCGCUCGCGCGCCGCCUCGCCGCCGCUGCCGGCCCCAGUACAGCUCGCGCGCGACUCCUCCAACCGCAAACCCUCCCGUCUGUCGUCCUCCGGCCAUCAACGAGGCGCUACGCCGGCAGCACGUCCAAGCAGCCGAGCGCGACGUCCCAGUUCUACAAGACGUUUACCCGGCCCAUCGCCAAGGUGCUGCUGCUCGCCGUCUUCACGUACCAGGUCGUGUACUGGUCGUGGAUGAAGCUCGAGGCGGACGAGGUCCGCGAGGAGAGAGACGCGACGAUUGCGGAGCUCGAGGCUACGGUUGGCGCGUACGAUAAGAAGAAGAAGGAGAGGGAGGAGGCCGGCGCUGAGGGGAAGAAGACGUCAUGA